AUGUAUAAUUGGACAAACACGUUCAUUUUAUAUAGUACUAUUUUAUUAAUCUUCAUAAGACCACUAAAAAGCGAUAGCACAGAAAAUUCAAGCUCGAUAAGUGAACAAAUUGCGCCUGAUUUGCAUCAAGAUAAGGAAAAUGAAGAAACAAGCACAACGACAUCACAGAAUAUCUUCACAUUUGUUAAGCGUUUUCAAAUUGUUUGUUGUAUGGAUGGAAUACCUCAGUUGAGCCAUCCAGAGCUGGUGCGGAACUUCAAAAUAGACAAAGGUUCUUUUAUGCUUCCACAAUCUAUUUUUGGUAUACCUGUCGAGCUAUCUUAUGCUUCUCACGUUAUUUGCAGAUGCCCUGAGCGGACGCCAGGACACGCGUUAGAUCGCUCCUGCCGAAGAUUACCUAACUGUCAAAACAAUGGAUUCCGUUCACUGCUGGAUCCAAGGCGGUGUUUUUGCUUAGAGCCAUUUUUCGGUGAACGCUGUGAGAAGUUUUGUGACCGUGGUCGACGCUUGCAUGGCCCAGAUGGCAUAGAUUAUUGCAGUUGUACCUCUUUUUAUCGAGGAGAGGAAUGUAGAGAACCUAUUUGUCUUAAUGGUGGACGACCAUUGCUUGAUGGAUGUAUUUGCAAGCCACAUUUCUUUGGGCCUCAUUGUGAAUUCGAUGGGAAUCUUACACAUCGCUUCGCAUUUGAAUCAAAUAUCGGUGACACGGAAACCGGUAAAGCAGGCGGAGCCUCUCCUCGAUUUCGUCAACAUUUUGAAAAUUUUGAACAUGUUGGUAAAUUAAGCAUUUGA